AUGCAAAUGGGAGGGAAAAAGAAGGGGGGUGAUGUGCAGGUCGCUGGCGAUGUUGAAAAGGCCACCAAAGCGGUUAAUAAUAUGAAGUUGGACGACCCCGAGGAGGAUUUUUCAAAGGACUUCUACGGAGUCUGCGCUAUGCACCAGUCUCAAUCAAUGGAAGGUCCCGCUUAUACUGAAAUUCACGAGCUGUUUGACAAGAAAUACUUGGAUCACGAAGUUUGUAUUCGAGCUCGUCUCCAUCGCAGCCGCGCUAAGGGAAAAUUGUGUUUUAUUGUUCUUAGGGAUAGGCAGUAUUUGCUGCAGUGUGUUUUGUCUUCCGGUGAGAAGGUCUCGAAGUCUAUGCUUAAAUUUGCUGGAAACAUUUCCAAGGAAUCCAUUGUUGACGUGUAUGGUGUGGUGAGGGCGUCACCGGUCGCGAUUGAAGGGUGCUUUCCUGACAGUGUCGAACUACACAUAACCAAGGUGUUCGUUAUCAGCGCUUCUUCGCCUGUCCUCCCCUUCCAAAUCGAAGAUGCUAUGCGACCGGACGAAGAAAAUGACGAUCACCUGUCCCGAGUUAAUCAAGAUACUCGUCUCGACAAUCGCUUCAUUGAUCUUCGGACGCCAGCCAACCAGGCAAUCUAUCGUGUCGAACACGGCGUUGUUCAUCUCUUCAUGGAGUAUCUCGACAAUCAUGGUUUUACGAUGAUUCACACCCCAAAGAUAAUUGGGGGUGCUUCUGAGGGUGGAGCCAACGUUUUCAAAUUUCAGUACUUUAAUUCUCAAGCCUGCCUUGCCCAAUCGCCUCAGCUGUACAAACAGAUGGCGAUUGCUGCUGAUUUUGGACGUGUGUACACCAUUGGUGGUGUGUUUCGAGCUGAAGACUCUAACACUCAUAGGCAUUUGUGUGAAUUUGUUGGUUUAGAUUUGGAAGUCGCUUUUAAGACUCACUAUCACGAAGUCGUCGAUCUCAUUGCUGAUAUGUUCGUCAGUAUCUUCAAGGGUCUCCAACGCCAAUAUACUGCGGAAAUCGAAGCAGUUAACAAACAAUACAAGGCAGAGCCAUUCGAGUUUAUCGAGCCAACUCUGAAAUUGGAGUUUGCUGAGGGUAUAAGAAUGCUGAGAGAGGCUGGGUGGGACGUGGAAGAGUUCGCUGAUUUGAGUACUCCAGCUGAGAAGUUUCUGGGAAAGUUGGUGAAAGAGAAGUAUAGAACAGACUUCUACAUUUUGGACAAAUUCCCUUUAGCAAUUCGUCCAUUUUACACCAUGCCUGACCCACACAAUAAGGCCCUUUCGAAUUCUUACGACUUCUUCAUGCGUGGUGAAGAGAUAAUGUCGGGCGCUCAGCGAGUUCACGAUCCCGAGUUCCUGACAGAACGAGCUAAAGCUCACGACAUCGACAUAAAGACUAUUCAGUCGUAUAUUGAUUCCUUCCGCUAUGGAUGCCCGCCUCACGCUGGUGGUGGCAUUGGUCUUGAACGCGUGACAAUGCUCUUCUUGGGUCUUGACAACAUAAGAAAGGUCUCCAUGUUCCCUCGCGAUCCUAAGCGUCUCGCACCCUAG